GCGUUUAAGAUACCAUAGCAACAUUCACGCCAACAAAAUGCAACAUGUGCGACGAAAAGAAGGUGUUUGAGAGGAAUGUCAUUAACAUGCUGCUUGACAUGCUUGACCUUGGCCUUGCCCUUGGUUUCAAAUAGUAGGAUUCCGGAAAGUUGAUCGCGCCUCUCAAAGUAAACUGGGCGACAACACAAGGUUCAAGAAAGGACACUACACGAUACUCAAGAUUUCAAAAUGACAAAGAUUAAACAAGAAGAGGAUACAAACAUCAGGAUUAAGCAAGAAGAUGAUACAAACAUCAUUGAGCAAGGAGAUGAUACAGAUUUCAGGAUUAAACAAGAAGAUACAACUAUGAUCAGGAUUAAACAAGAAGAUGAUUCAACUAUGAUCAGGAUUAAGCAAGAAGAUGAUACAAAUAUGGUCAGGAUUAAGCAAGAAGAUGCUACAUAUGUUGUCAGGAUCGAACAAGAAUAUGAUACAAAUUUGGUGAGGAUCGAGGAAAGAGAUGCUACACAUGUUAUCAAGAUCAAGCAAGAAGCAGAAGAGGAAGACACAAGCUUCAAUGCUUUCACAGAUAAAAUGGAGGAAAAAGGAGAGGAGGUGAUAGGAAAUCGUGCUAUCAGUGUUGGAUCUGGCGGUUUGAUGUCAGUUGAUGAAGGUGAUAUUGCCGGACAAACACAAGACUCAAAAGAAAAAGGUGAUUCCGUUAAACAAAGGCAAGACUCACAAGGAGAAGGUGAUUCCGUUAAACAAAGGCAAGACUCACAAGGAGAAGGUGAUUCCGUUAAACAAAGGCAAGACUCACAAGGAGAAGGUGAUUCCGUUAAACAAAGGCAAGACUCAAAAGAAGGUGAUUCCAUUAAACAAAGGCAAGACCCACAAGGAGAAGGUGAUUCCGUUAAACAAAGGCAAGACUCACAAGGAGAAGGUGAUUCCAUUAAACAAAGGCAAGACCCACAAGGAGAAGGUGAUUCCAUUAAACAAAGGCAAGACCCACAAGGAGAAGGUGAUUCCGUUAAACAAAGGCAAGACUCACAAGGAGAAGGUGAUUCCAUUAAACAAAGGCAAGACCCACAAGGAGAAGGUGAUUCCAUUAAACAAAGGCAAGACUCAAAAGGAGAAGGUGAUUCUGUUAAACAAAGGCAAGACUCAAAAGAAGGUAUGUCAAGUAAAUGUGACGAAAAUGAGUUUGGAGGAAAGGUGCAUCGCUGUAAAAAGAUUUUCAGCCAUAAAAAUGAUCCUGCUUACAACUUGAGAUCACAUCGAAAAAGGAACAAAUGUUUCUGCCGUCAGAAAGAACUUAAAUGUGAUGCUCAAAGUCAUAUGAAAGAGAAGCCAAAUGAGUGUUCUCUUUCUUACGAGAAAUUUCCUGCGAAAAAGCGCCUGUCUCGGCAUCUACCAAAAAACGGAGAAAAAAAUCCACCUCAAUGUUCAUGUGAAAGUGAAUUUUGUCAGAAGAGAUUUUCAACAAAACAUAAUGAAAGACACAUCAGAGAGGAGUCAUAUGAAUGCUUAUGUGAGAAAGGGUUUUCUAAAAAGAAAUAUACGCUUCAGGAUAUCAGAACGCACACAGGAAAAAAGCUGUAUGAACGUUCAUUAUGUGAGAAAACAUUUGCUCAAAAGAGUAGUCUGACCAAUCAUAUCAAAACACACAAUGUAGAAAAACCAUACAAAUGUUCAAUAUGUACGAAAAAAUUUUCUUGGAAGCUUUCUCUGACCCUUCAUCUCAGAACACACAAAGAAGAAAAGCCAUAUGAAUGUCCACACUGUAUGCAAAGAUUUUCUUAUAAAAAGUCUCUUGACUGUCAUCUGCGAAUACACGCAGGAGAGAGGCUAUAUAAAUGUUCAUUCUGUUACAAGGAAUUUUCUGAGAAAAGUCAUCUGGUUGAUCAUAUUUCAAUACAUACAGAAGAAAAGCCAUAUGAAUGUCCACUUUGUAAGAGGAUAUUUUCUCAACAAAGUAGUCUAACCCUUCAUUUCCGAACACACACAAGAGACAAGCAAUUUAAAUGUUCACAGUGUAUGAAGACAUUUGCUCAAAAGAGUGGUCUGAAACUUCAUCUCAGGACACACACAGGAGAAAAGCCAUAUGAAUGUUCACAGUGCAUGAAGAGGUUUGCUCAAAAGAAUAAUCUGAUACUCCAUCUCAGAACACACACAGGAGAAAAGCCAUUUGAAUGUUCACACUGUGAGAAAAGGUUUGCUCAAAAGAGUAGUCUGAAACUUCACCUCAGGAUGCACACAGGAGAAAAGCCAUUUAAAUGUUCACACUGUGAGAAAAGGUUUGCUCGAAAGAGUGGUCUGAAACUUCAUCUCAGUGCACACACAGGAAAAAAGCCACAUGAAUGUUCACACUGUGAGAAAAGGUUUGCUCAAAAGAGUGGUCUGAAACUCCAUCUCAGAACACACACAGGAAAAAAGCCAUUUAAAUGUUCACACUGCUCAAAAAGGUUUGCUCAAAAAGGUAGUCUGAAACUCCAUCUCAGAACACACACAGGAGAAAAGCCAUUUAAAUGUUCACACUGUGAGAAAAGGUUUGCUCAAAAGAGUAGUCUGAAACUUCAUCUCAGUGCACACACAGGAAAAAAGCCAUAUGAAUGUUCACACUGUGAGAAAAAGUUUGCUCAAAAGAGUGGUCUGAAACUUCAUCUCAGUGCACACACAGGAAAAAAGCCAUAUGAAUGUUCACACUGCUCAAAAAGGUUUGCUCAAAAGAGUGGUCUGAAACUUCAUCUCAGUGUACACACAGGAAAAAGGCCACAUGAAUGUUCACACUGUGAGAAAAGGUUUGCUCAAAAGAGUGGUCUGAAACUCCAUCUCAGAACACACACAGGAGAAAAGCCAUUUAAAUGUUCACACUGCUCAAAAAGGUUUGCUCAAAAAGGUAAUCUGAAACUCCAUCUCAGAACACACACAGGAGAAAAGCCAUUUAAAUGUUCACACUGUGAGAAAAGGUUUGCUCAAAAGAGUAAUCUGAAAGUUCAUCUCAGUGCACACACAGGAAAAAAGCUGUAUGAAUGUUCACACUGUGAGAAAAGGUUUGCUCAAAAGAGUGGUCUGAAACUUCAUCUCAGUGCACACACAGGAAAAAAGCCAUAUGAAUGUUCACACAGUGAGAAAAGGUUUGCUCAAAAGAGUGGUCUGAAUCUCUAUCUCAGAACACACACAGGAGAAAAACCAUUUAAAUGUUCACACUGCUCAAAAAGGUAGUCUGAAAC